UAGGACACGCUUUGGGGCGCGCCGCACGAUCUCCGGUGUAGCACUGUCCGGGAAAAAAUAAACCGAGUGCUACAAUGGUACACGUGGUGAAGACUUGCAAAAUCAUCAUUUGAACAAAAGAAAGCGUCAUCUCCAUGCAUUUGUAUUUGCUACUGAUGCAAGAAAACAUCAGAUGACAUCACCACCAUCUUAAGGGUUGCAAAGGAUUCAUCAGUAGGAGGCACAUCAUGAGUGAAGGGGCAUCUGGAAACACCACUGGUAUGGAGUUGGAGGGUGUGAGGACAGAGGAAACCCCAGUAAACACACUGCAUAGGUCAGCAGAAGAGGAGGGAACCACCACACGGAGGAAAAAGAAGAAGAAAAAGAAGGAGAUCAUCUACCGCUCUGACCUGGAGGACGAUGAUGAGGAUGCAGGGGAGGGAACGUCAGCAGAUGUGGAUGGAACUUUUGAUCCUCGACCUGAAGAAGAAGAGGAGGAUAUACCUCCCGACAGCCGUUUCGUGACUCUCGCUGGCACCAUAACGCGAGGAAAACGGAAAGGCCAAAUGGUAGACAUCUAUAUGACCCUCACUGACAAAGAGUUGAGAGACAUGGCGCGUUCCAAAGAGCGUCUAGAUGCGGAGUGCGACGGAGUCGCUGAAGCCAAGCAAAAACCCUGCACACUAGGGGUCAGCCAGGGCCCUCAUGUUUUCCUCUGGAGCCUUUCCUGCUCUCCAUUCAUCUUCUUUCUCUCCUUCAUCUUGUCGUUUUACUACGGGACGCUCACCUGGUACAACGUCUUCCUGGUUUACAAUGAAGAUCGCACCUUCCUGCACAAGAUCACAGUGUGUCCUUUGCUCAUCCUGUUAUAUCCGGUGCUGAUCAUGGCAUUGUGUGUUUGUAUGGGGGUGUAUGCCGCUGUCACCCAGCUCUCCUGGGUGUUUGGAGAAUGGUGGCUGGCGGUCAGGGACCUGGAGAAGGGCUUCUGUGGGUGGAUGUGUGUGAAAAUGGGGUUGGAGGACUGUGCCCCGUACAAUGUGGUUGAGCUUCUGGACUCUGACACUCUUUCCGGGACUCUCCGGGGAAAGAGGAUAGAAGAUGUUGAGACAACUUCUGCUUUGUGAACUGUAAAAGAUGGAAUAGCAUUGAUCUUAUGAGAAGUCAUAGUAAUAGGAUUAUGAGAUCUUAAAAUUGUAAGAUAUCGUACGAGUUGGCUCAAAAAUGCUUGACUUUUAUUGCCAUAGAGAAAUAUAAACAAACCAAUGAACAGUGAUAUCAAGUUUUCUCCUUAGUUUAACACCUAACCUUAAAGUGAAACUCCAAACCGUAAACCUAACCAUGAUUUUAGUAGUUAAAUCACUGUUGUGUAUUAGAGGUCAACUGAUAAUGGAUUUUGCCGAUACCUAUUACUAAGGUCGUGGAAAAGGCAGAUAACAGAUUAAUCCGACGAUAGUUUUUAAAAUCGAUUUAUAGCACAAUUUAUAAAUAUGUUUUUAGACUUUCCU